UCCUCCUCCCCCCCGGCUCCUCCUGCUCUCGCCCCGGCUCCGAUUGUUGACAAAAGACGCUGUGAGACGGAGCGCCGGAGCCCAGACUCCGGUACCGGCGACGCGGAUCCCCAGCCUGAACUCGACUCCUGCGCCCCGGGCGGGCGGAGCGGAUCCAGACGGACCCGGGGGGGCUCGCGGAGGUGGGGCACGCGCGGACUUCUCCGCUCCUUGAGAACCGUGUGGCCGAGGUGGUUCGGUGGUGGUCGGACAGCCAGCAGCAGGCCGGUGUGAAGUGGACCCCCACCACCACCACCACCACCCUCCCUCCCCCUCCCGCUCCAUUCUCAGCACACCGCCCGGGUCUCUCGUCCCGCAUUUACCGACGCAACCGGAGGCCACGAUGGGUCACCGGCUGUGAGUGGAGGCGCCGGGAGGAGGUGGAGGAGGAGGAGGACGAGGAGGCGGCGGCGGCGGCGGCGGCCUUUGGGCUGGUCUUCUCGGCCGGGAAUGGUGUGAUCUGAGACGGGCAGGCAGUCUGGAUCUGACCGGGGACCCGUCUUUCCCCCGGAGCCUCCGCGGCUCCAAGCCGCGUCCCGAGCCCUCCAAGAUGGGGAAGUGCGAGGGGAGAUGCACGCUGCUGGUGAUCUGCUCACUGCAGCUGGUGGCGGCCCUCCAGAGGCAGGUGUUUGAUUUUUUAGGCUACCAGUGGGCUCCUAUUUUGGCCAAUUUCCUGCACAUCAUGGCCGUCAUCCUGGGCAUGUUUGGAACCGUGCAGUUUCGCUUCAGAUACCUCAUCUUUUAUGCAGUAUGGCUGGUCCUUUGGGUGGGAUGGAACUCAUUCAUAAUUUGUUUCUACCUGGAGGUCGGAAACCUGUCUCAGGACAGGGAUUUCCUCAUGACAUUCAACACAUCCCUCCACCGCUCGUGGUGGAUGGAGCAUGGUCCCGGUUGCCAGGUAACCCCUGUGUUAGACUCUCGCAUGGCCCCAGACGACCACCACGUCAUCACUGUGUCCGGGUGUCUUCUGGACUACCAGUACAUCGAGGUGUUGAGUUCGGCCAUCCAGAUCCUUUUGGCUCUCUUUGGCUUCGUGUACGCCUGCUACGUAAGCAAAGUCUUCCAGGACGACGAGGACAGCUUUGAUUUUAUUGGUGGGUUCGACUCUUACGGCUACCAGCCUCCUCAGAAGUCCUCUCAUCUGCAGCUGCAGCCUCUUUACACGGCUGGAUAAACCGUUGGCAACGCCCUCUUCAGGCCAAACCCUGAUGGUGUCGCUGUGGAUGGACGGCGGCCGCAGCGCUGAUUACACUCACUCUCUGUGUCGCAGUUUACCUGAGGACUUUAAAAACCCCACCCGGAAGGAGAGGCGUGCGUGUUGUGCAUGUGUGAUUGCGACUGAGAGUGACGACUACAACCCUGAAUAAGAA